AUGAUACUUAUUCAGAUUUUUACUAACAAUCGUCCUCAGAAGUUAUUCUUUUCUUCUGAGUCUGAUCAGAAGUUAACUUACAGUAAGAGCCAUCUCAUUGAUACUCUUGGAUGUCAGAUUCCCAAGUUCAGUCCUUUUGAUCCAACCAUCAUACAAUACUAUACAAAUGUCUCUGCUAAAACAAUAUGUGGAGGAAAGCCGUCUUUUAUUGAAGUUAAGCCUAAUGCUCACCUUGAAAUAAAUGAAAGUAUUCUUAAAAAAUAUUACGGUUUAUUUUCCACAAAUAUUUCAUGCUCCUAUAAACCAAUUGUGCGUGAUCCUAAACUACCAGCAAGUAGAACUGAUAACAGUUUUAAGUUAGGGCAGUCUAAAACCCUGACUUUCGGGAUAUCCAUUAGUGAAGAAUUUAUCAUUGUACAAUGUAAUCACAACCAAAAUAAGCUACACAAGGAGUAUAUCCCUCUCACACCUAUAAAAAAAAAAGUUGAGAGAAAAUGUCAAAGAAAUAGCAAAAUGUUUCCAAUCCCAAAUAAUUUAAAUGUAAUGUUUAUUGGUAUUGAUUCAGUUUCUAAACUAAACUUUUUAAGACAUUUCAAGAAAACUAAUAAUUAUCUUCACGAGGUUUUAAACCCAAUAGAGCUCUUUGGUUACACUAAAGUUGGAGACAAUACAUUCCCUAAUCUUGUACCUCUUCUUACUGGUCAUUUUGUUGAGUAUUAUUGGAAUGAAACAAAUCGAAAUAUGUUUUUCGACAAGCUUCAUUUCAUUUGGAAAGAUUACGCGGCAAGGGGCUACAGAACCAUGUUCGCAGAAGACGCUCCAACUAUAGCAACGUUCAAUUAUCUGAAAAACGGAUUCCAACAUCCUCCAACUGAUUACUAUUUCCGACCUUUCGCUCUUGCUCUUGAAAAAUCUGAUGUCAGGAAGAAUAGCAGAAAACACUGUGUUCAAGAAAAGCUGGAAAUAAAAGUAGUGUAUAAUUAUGUCGAACAAUUUCUUAGUACUAUGUCAGACAAAAAAUUUUUUAUGUUUGCUUUUAUUACACGCCUUACGCACGAUGUCCUGAAUAAUGCUGGCUAUGGUGACGAACCAACAUUUCAACUCUUGAAACAUUUGCACGCCAAAGGUGUUAUUAAUAACACGUUAUUUUUCUUCUUUAGUGACCAUGGUAUACGCUUCGGAAAGAUACGCAUAAAAUACAUUGGGAAACUAGAAGAAAGAAUGCCUUUUAUAUUUUUAAUGUUACCGCGAUGGUUCCUCUUAAAGUACCCACAAAUAUCAAAAAAUAUCUACAAAAAUCAGAGACGAUUGACAACGCCUUUUGAUCUGCAUGCAACGUUAGUUCACUUGUUGAAACUUACCAACGACGUAGAACGAGGGCCUCAUGUACCGUUUUCAACAGAUAAAGGAAUUAGUUUGUUCGACGAAAUACCUGUUAACAGAACUUGCAACACUGCCUUUAUUCUGCCUCACUGGUGCACGUGCAAUGUAUAUAAGGAAGUAGAAACCACAAAUUCGAUUGUUGUCAAAGCAGCAAGAGCUUUACUUGAUACGAUUAACCAAUGGCUGGAAAAGUACAAGAACAAAUGUGAACCUCUAAGUAUUGCGCUCGUGGUGGAGUCUAGAGUAUCUGUGGCCAAUGAGGAGAUACUUAAGUUUCAAAAACACAUUAAAAAUGUAAACAAUCGUGAUAUGAAACAUGAUGAUAAAGUAUCAGCUCCUGAAGAUUACCUACUGACCGUGAUGACGUACCCCAACAAAGCCAUUUUCGAAAGUACUGUGCGUUACUACCGAGAAAAGAAUGACUUCAAAGUACUGAAUGAUGUCAGUCGUCUUGACAAAUACGAGAACCAAUCAAAAUGUAUAAAUAUUGCACGACUACGAAAGUUUUGUGCUUGUAAAAGAAGGAAAAAUCAUAUAGAUUCAUUUAUAGGUUAUUAG